CCGUCCUCGUCUCGUCUCGCGUCGCCGCCACUCAGAUUCACCGCCGCGCGCGUCUCCUCCCCCUGCACCACCACCAGUACACCGUUCAUCGAGGAGAGGGACGGGACGGGACGGAGACCACCAUGGACAUGGAGAGAUCUCAGCAGCAGAAGUCUCCGACGGAGUCUCCGCCGCCGCCGUCGCCGUCGUCCUCCUCGUCCUCUGUCUCCGCGGACACCGUCCUGCCCCCUCCCGGGAAGAGGCGGAGGGCGGCAACGACGGCCAAGGCCAAGGCCGGCGCCAAGCCUAAGAGGGCCCGUAAGGACGCCGCCGCCGCGGCUGAUCCUCCUCCUCCUCCCGCCGCCGCCGCCGCCGGGAAGAGGAGCUCCGUCUACAGGGGAGUCACCAGGCACAGGUGGACGGGGAGGUUCGAGGCGCAUCUCUGGGACAAGCACUGCCUCGCCGCGCUCCACAACAAGAAGAAAGGCAGGCAAGUCUAUCUGGGGGCGUAUGACAGCGAGGAGGCAGCUGCUCGUGCCUAUGACCUUGCAGCUCUCAAGUACUGGGGUCCUGAGACCCUGCUCAACUUCCCUGUGGAGGAUUACUCCAGCGAGAUGCCGGAGAUGGAGGGCGUGUCCCGGGAGGAGUACCUGGCCUCCCUCCGCCGCAGGAGCAGCGGCUUCUCCAGGGGCGUCUCCAAGUACAGAGGCGUCGCCAGGCAUCACCACAACGGGAGGUGGGAGGCACGGAUUGGGCGAGUCUUUGGGAACAAGUACCUCUACUUGGGAACAUUUGACACUCAAGAAGAGGCAGCCAAGGCCUAUGAUCUUGCGGCCAUUGAAUACCGAGGUGUCAAUGCUGUAACCAACUUCGACAUUAGCUGCUACCUGGACCACCCACUGUUCCUGGCGCAGCUCCAACAGGAACCACAGGUGGUGCCAGCACUCAACCAAGAAGCUCAACCUGAUCAGAGCGAAACAGAAACUAUAGCCCAAGAGUCUGUGUCAAGCGAAGCGAAGACACCAGAUGACAAUGCAGAACCUGAUGACAAUGCAGAGCCUGAUGACAUCGCGGAGCCCCUCAUCACAGUCGACGACAGCAUCGAAGAGAGCUUAUGGAGCCCUUGCAUGGAUUAUGAGCUAGACACCAUGUCAAGGUCUAACUUUGGCAGCUCGAUUAAUCUGAGCGAGUGGUUCAAUGAUGCAGACUUCGACAGCAACAUUGGAUGCCUGUUCGAUGGGUGUUCUGCGGUUGAUGAAGGCGGCAAGGAUGGUGUAGGCCUGGCAGAUUUCAGUCUGUUGGAAGAUUUCAGUCUGUUUGAAGCAGGUGAUGGUCAGCUGAAGGAUGUUCUUUCAGAUAUGGAAGAGGGAAUCCAACCUCCAACAAUGAUCAGUGUGUGCAAUUGAUUCUGAAACCUAUGCGUCGCGUGCGUGCCUAUGUGAGAUAUCCAAGGAGGUUUUCACUUUUUAGGUGUCCUGUCUUGGGUAUACUUGAUUUGUCCAAUGCCACAGAGCCACUGCUGCAAAAGCAGCUGAACUUUCUUGUAGAAAGCCCAUGGCAGCUUGGCAUUAGACAAGUGUGUUGAUGUUCCUUAAUUCUUUGAAUUUGUUCGAGGCUGCUUGACUAACCUUAAGGGUUUGUCAUUGUCGCGCUUAGCCUAGAUUCAACUAAUCACAUCCUGAAUCUGAAGUAA